GGAUUGGAAACAAGAACGGUCCCCCAAGCUGUACCGUUGCCCUUUUAAAGCCCCUCCCUUUCUCCUCCCGUGCACGCUUCGCAGUGCUUUGAUGGAUUGAACUGCAGUUGCUGCGUUGGAAGCUGUUUGGGGGAGGUCCGAUUGGGGCUUCCUCCCAGGCAGAUCGCAGGGGAAGGGAGCCUCCCUCACCCCAGAAAGUGGGCCGAAAACGGGGGCGCCACUUCCCGCCUGAAAAAUGAAUGAGUCCGCAGGGAAGGAGGCAGUUCUUCUCUCGACCACCUUGUCUGAGAAGCUGAUCCAGGAAAAACCCCAGCUCUUUUUCUAGCCAGGCGAAAAAUAGAAACGAUUUGCACACAGAUCCAGCUUUGUUCUGCGUCUCUGUACAACCUGACCACACCUCGAAGUUGCCUUUGCUGCUCGAUCCUGAUUCCAGGCGGCGCGAUCAGGGCGAUCGCGGGCUGCUUCAGCUGAUCUCCGUUUGUUCCCCCAUCCCCUCCGCUGUCUCGCUCGCGCUCUCUUGCAAGAUCCGGAUUGCUCUUGAUCUCCGCGGCGUAUCUGGGAUGGCUUCUGCGGGUGAGUGUGCAUUUUAAAUCGCACCCCAGUCAGGAUCUAAUAGCGACUACAAGGAAAGGGGCUUACACGGAAUCAGCAAAGUUUUUUCUGCUGCUGAGUCACCAUCAACACCAUGGGUAACAUUUCCUCCAAUAUCUCUGCUUUCCAGUCCCUGCACAUUGUCAUGCUGGGUCUGGAUUCUGCAGGCAAAACCACGGUGCUCUACAGGCUCAAAUUCAAUGAAUUUGUCAACACGGUGCCGACCAUUGGCUUCAACACUGAAAAGAUCAAGCUAAGCAAUGGAACUGCUAAGGGUAUCAGCUGCCAUUUUUGGGAUGUAGGUGGGCAAGAGAAACUGAGGCCCCUGUGGAAGUCUUACAGUCGUUGCACUGAUGGCAUCAUUUAUGUGGUGGACUCUGUUGACGUGGACAGGCUAGAAGAAGCCAAGACAGAGCUACACAAAGUCACCAAGUUUGCAGAGAAUCAGGGCACUCCCUUGUUAGUGAUUGCCAACAAGCAAGAUCUGCCAAAGUCUUUGCCUGUGGCAGAAAUAGAAAAACAGCUGGCUCUGCAUGAGCUAACUCCAUCCACCACUUACCAUAUCCAACCAGCCUGUGCAAUCAUUGGUGAGGGGCUCACUGAAGGUAUGGACAAACUCUAUGAGAUGAUCCUCAAGCGCAGAAAAUCCUUAAAGCAGAAAAGGAAACGAUAGACAAGGAAUUGCAUCCCAUUAGAUCAGUUUGACUUGCUGGCUUGAUAUAUCAGUUAAAAAACAGCAGAUGCCAGCGUUUAUAUUAUUUUCCAUAGUAUCACAGAGUCUUUCAAUAUGCUUAUCUUCUACAAGAUCAGAUGAUAAUAUUGUGCUGGCUACCACUUGGGAUGCUGGUCAGAUCUGUGCAUGCCAGCCUAUCACUUCCCUCCCAUUCCCAGGCCCCAUGAGCCAGUGUGAUAAGAGAAGGCCUCUUUGUGACAUUCUAGCAGGACUAGAAGGAAGACAAGCAGAACCUCAUCCUGUCAGCUGCUUCUGUCUGUGUGAACUACUAAUAUACAAGAGGUUCCCCCUUGUUCUCUGGACAAUUUCUGUUCAAAAAAAAGUAUAUAAUGGGAGAAACUACACUGGGAGAGAAAAAUCAUAAAGCUUGAUAUGACAGGGCAGGUCCCUGUUCCAUUUGGAUUAAGAUUUGUGCUGCCGUCUCAGGAUCUUACUACAUGGUGACGUGUGCAUGAACUAGAGUUAAGAAAUAUUGCUCGAUGGGAAAAAUGCUGUGAUUGAGGGGAAAUGUGCAUUAAAAAAUACUGCUUCGAUACAUAUUGCUUAUGGAUGGCUCUUUGAACCACUUCUGGAAAACUAUUUCUCAGCCUUACAACUAACUUACCAAGGCAUUUAUGGUCUUGUUGUGUGUGGUUAUUACCAAGAUCAGCAAAAUAUAUGAAAUCAGUGAACAAAUGAGGCAGGGCUACUUCCUGCAGUAAUUUUUAUGUGUUUGGAGGGAAGUAACGUAUGACACCCUGUCAUUUCAGUUGAAUGUGAGGAUAUACACAGGAGGUGGACUGUUUUGUUUCUUUCUUUUUUCUGUAUUGUCUUUUGGAUGGGUUUCAAAAAUGGGGUAAAGAGGCCUAAGUGUGUUAUCCAUGUAUUCCUAUAUUAAAAAAGAGUUCUGUAAGUUGGUGAUGUGCUGAUGCACUUGAAUUAAAAAAUGUGAGCUGCCUGGAUCAUUUGUGACCAGUAGCUGCUUCUUGGUGCUGCUUUUUAAGCAUUACAUUAGACAAUUUUGUUAUCUUUUCAUAAGUCUACACACUGCAGCAAUAACCACAAAACAACUUUUUAAAAAUUACGACGUUCUUGUAACAUUGAACUGUGGCCGUACUGUGUUUCCAACAUUUAAUCUAAUCAGACUGAAAUAAUCUGACUCAUAAUUCAGUUUAUUACUGUAUAAUUUAGAUGGCUUUCAUGGACCAAAGUAUUGCAGCUGUGAAAAGCAGUGAAGGAAGACUCAGAUUUGGCUGAUUUGGUAUAUGAAAUAUAGAGAAGGGUGUAGAACCAAAUGGACAGUCUGAACUUUCUGCUGGGAAAAAUCCUCAAUCUAAUAAAUUAACUAACCUUCCUUCUUUUUUUUAAUCCAUGGCUCACUGUUGUGAUUGUCAAGAAUAUAGAAAGAGGCAGACAUAUUCACUACAAUAACAUUAAUACUGAUUUUAAAAGUACAGGGAAAAUUGGUAUUUUUAUAAAUACUUGCCGUAAUAAUAAUACAUUCUGUACAUGUCUACCCAGUUGAAUUAUAUUGAGCUGCCUUCUUAUACACAUUUAUUAGGAAUUAAUCCUUUAUAUAAUAAAAGCAAACCUCAUUUAACCUAUAGUAUUUAUUUCUGGAUAAGGAUCAAGCUCUGAGGCUAAAAUCUUAUGCAGGCUUAUUUGGGAGCAAGCCCUACUGAGCAUGGACUUAGUUGUAAUUAAUAAUAAU